AUGACAUACAUACGGGUGCACAACGCUGGCGACGAUUCUACAAAAUCUCCAACUUCAACCUUGCUGCAGCCCCAGGCUGGUAUCAAGCUCACCAACCAGCUCUCCUAUCUUCUUAAUAAAGAGCGCAAUGAAUUGAUGAAAUAUGAGCUUGCUAUCCCCACAACCACCACGUCUUCCCACAUCGUCGCAACUAUGCUAUCAACAAAGCCGGUGAUCACUUCCAAAUCAUCACUUCCCGUCCUUCGCCAGAAUCAGCAAAGUAUACGUGUGGUUGGCUACCGUUGUAUUGGUUUCGGGCAGUGUGGAAUUAUCUGCGAGAGACUAGGAAUAGCUUACGUAGUUAAGCUUGCGAGGCCCAUGUAUAAGAAGGGUCUUUGGGCCGGUUUCAAGCCCACCUCAUUGUCCGAGAAGCAUUCAAACAGUAGGAUAGCCUUGAAUGUCGCGUACCCAGGUUGUUCUCUUGGAUUCCAGAGUCAAACACUGACUGGUGAACGAAAACCACUUUUUGUUCGCAGAGAUCUCCGAUCUAUUGCCCCCUCCGACACCAGCAUUGAUCACAGAGCAUAUCUUCCCUCUUCCCAGGAUAUUGCCCGCCAUAAAUUCAGGCUACUUGCUGUUAUUUGCCAGCACUAUGGGGAAGCCCUAGCAAGUAUCCACUGGGCAGCCCAUGUCGAUGGCUACGAUAUUGAAUUCGUGCUAGGUAGUGAGCGUGACGAGUGCCUAGGAUAUAGCGAUGAUAUUGCAGUCUCCCUCCAAUUGAGUCCAGAACAAGUCCUUCGCAUGUCUUCUCAUGAAGACCUGGAUGCCAGAAUGAGAAAAAACGUCAAGCAACGAACUACACGUAUGUGGGUGCUCGACUUUAAUCUCAGCCAUAUCUGGCCUGAGAAAACCGGCUGGGAGGAACCCGAGGCUCUCAUCUCUCAUCUUGUUCAAGCAUUCUUUGGCAAUGAUUCUUAUUACCCGCGGCCAUGUCACGAUGGAGAGACUGACUGGAAGCUGUGGGAGGCAUUCACAACUACAUGCCGUGAAAAGACUGGGCAGAUACUAAGAGAGAAGGACCAAAGACUUGCGGACCUGCCAGGCAGAUUUAUCAAUGCCUGCAUUUCUUAUCACAAUUUCAGCUGA